UUCCGCAUCACGCGACGUUUGUCCCGUGCUCCCACAGAUGAAGACCAAAUCCCCAACAAAGCGAGGGCAAUAUUAAGACACAAAGGGGUCUCCUUUUUCUCCAUAUUUCUACUUUGGCAGGCGAGAAGAGGGCAAGGCUCCAAUGGCAGGCGCUCGGAAGAUCGGGGUGGCGCUGGACUUCUCCAAGAGCAGCAAGCGUGCUCUCGAAUGGGCCAUCGACAACCUGCUCGGCCACGGGGAGACCCUCGUGGUGCUCCACGUCCGGCAUCCCAAAUCAUCCUCCUCCACCGCCGAUCUCUCUUCCGAUUCUGCUCCGAUUCCUCUGUCGGAGUUCCGUGAGCUGGAGGUGCUGAAGCGCUACGAUCUGGAAGUGGACGCUCUUGUCCUUGAUGCGCUCGACACAGCGGCCAGGCAAAAAGAGGCUAUUAUUGUGCUGAAAUUGUACACCGGGGAUCCAAGGGAGAAGCUCUGCGAUGCCGUCGAGGAUCUGAAGCUGGACUCACUGGUAAUGGGCUGUAGGGGACUCGGCCAGAUUCAAAGGAUCCUUCUGGGCAGCGUUUCAAGCCAUGUAGUGUUGCACGCACCAUGCCCUGUUACCAUCGUCAAAGAACCCAACGCGAAGCACUGACAAAUCCUCCGCCCUUGACAGACUUCGCGGAACAAGCAGAGAUUUCAAGAGUGAAGAACGCCAUCAAUGAGAGCCUCAACUACCAAUAACUCGAGCAAAGUAGGCGAACGACGUGUGAAUCCUUUUUCGAAAUAAAUGAUAUACAUUCCUUCUGAACUCCGAGUGUAACUGAGUGUUAUUGUGUGUUUGAACUUAUUGUGCGCCUCUUUAUCUUUCAAUCAAAAAUCUGAACUAGUUAUGUUGGUGUUUA